CUCGCCUUUGUUCCUUAGCGACGAUAAUAUUCAUCGCCGAGUGAUGGAGUAAUCGGGUCGUCUGAAGCGCCAAACUAACCACGAAGUAUCGGAUUUCUCGGAUUUUUUUUCUUGCUGUACGGGUCGUUUUCAGGACGAUCAAAUACAACGAUGCCCCGACUCGUCCGCCGCGCGCCGCUCUCUGAGCGCAUCAAGGCUUACCUCGACCCAUGGGACUGGCUGAUGUGGGCGUCUGAGGAACUGAACAGCAGCGACUGGGAUGAAUUCGCGAAGGACUAUGCGACGUCUAUUGGCGUGGGCAUGAACCUGGUGUUCGUGGUGGCGAAGGCGAAUACAGGCGGAAGCAACACCAGCAUCGAGGACGAUGUGUUCCACGAUGAGGCUAGGGGAGCCGGAUGGCUGAAGUGGUUUGCGGGCAUGCUGGUGUUCAUUCUGGCUACGCUGUCGUUCCUCAACGGCUUCUACACAUUCUAUCGCAAGCGACACUACCGACUGUUCGAGCAGCCGAUCGAGAUGAACCCCGCGACCCCUUCCGCCCAGCGCGUCCGUGUCGACUCUUCACCCUCGACCGCAUCGCCUCUCCGUUUCUUGAAGAACAUGGUGUCUGCAGGCUCCGCCGAGUCUCGGGCUCACCCGGAUGCUGAGCGUGAUGUCUGGGAGAUCGCGGUCUGGGACCCGAAUCCGCUGUGCCUACAACUGUUCUGCCUAUUUAGUCCUCUUCACGUCGUGCUCUACUAUUCCAACCUCCCUGUUGAGAAGCUAGACCCCCGACCCAGCGUACGAGUGGUUACGACUAUAUUGGUUGCGGCGGUGUUGACCGUGCAACUCACGUUCCUCCAGCGCGCAUUCAAGCAGCAGAUUAAGGAUUCCGCCAUCAUUCACCGGGAGGUCCUACACGAGUACGACACGAAGUUUGUACACCCUGCAUUCCAGAGGCCAUCACGAGAUGUUGGGAUCCAAACCAUCAGCAAGGACCACAAGAGCCGGGACUCCAGCGUCGGCGUCAGAGGCAGUGGGGAGUUGGCCUCGGAGGUCGUCACAUAUACGCCUACAACAAUCAUCAAGCGAGGCUUCCACACGAACCCAAAUCAAGCCUACGCUUCCCAGUACGAUCCAGACAACCUCUCAUCACAACCAAGCUUCCAACCUCGCCUCGCCCAAAACACACCCUCCUUCCGCCCGUCCACCAGCUCAAACUACGUCAGCACCUCCACCGGCACCGCCGGCGCCGACUUCUCCUCCCCCAUCCGCCCAUCCCACACCCCGAACCCCUUCCGCCAACCCCAGUUCCGCCAAUCGCAAGUCGGCAGCGGCAGCGGCGACGGCGGCUCCCUAGGCGUCUUCUCACACGCCGCGUCCCCCCUCCGCAAAUCCGCAAGCGCCAACCACCUCCGCGACGACAGCCGCUCCCGCCACAGCCUCGGCGGCGCCGGCGAACGACGAGCCGGCAGCCCCACGAAGCGCGAAGGCUCCCCGUUGAAGCGCAUCAGCACGCCCGCUGGUUUCACGGGGGCCAGCGGCGUGGAUGCGAGGAGUUCGGGCACGAAUCUCGCGGAUCGGUUUAAUAAGGGGUACUCCGGUCUCGGUGUGGGUAGGCGGGAAAGUGGGAGGUUUUAGGGGUGGUUGUGUAUAUACUUUAAUCUUUUCUUUCUAUACCCAAACAUAAACUUCUCAUUACUGGGGGUUGGGGUGAGAGCCACAUGCGUGUGGAGUGUCAUUUAGGUCUAUGUAAAGGCUUUUUCUUUGUGUUCAAUAUACCCUGCGUAUCGUUCUUAAACUUCUCUGGUUUCGAUGCCGAAGUGACUCGUGUGAUGUUUCCUCGUGGGAAAGUGGUAGAUGAGGAGUCCUACAUUCAGGCUUCUGGUGUAGCUUAAAUAACGCCCAUG